AAUCUCACCAUCGUUAUAAUCUAACAACUACUCCACUGUCGCAGCCACCACGCACGAACCCUAAACUUAAAAACAAUAUUCUCUUCUCUGGGGAAAAGGCAACCACCUUUUUUUCUUCUAGAAAGAAACAGCAGCAGUAAUGGUGAGUUAAAACACACCAAGACCAGUAGUAAUAUUUCCGUUUCAAGAAUGAAUUGAAUUCUAUUGUCAUUAAUAUUACUCUAACGGAUUUGUUUUUAUCAUUUUUUAUAAUCUCUACCGGUUUUAGCUCUAUCUUCACAUGCAAUUUUGCAAAUCCUUGCUGUGAAAUUCAUUAUUAUACAAUUCAUUUUUUUUUAUUAAUGAUUUUCAACGCUUUUUUUUUAAUGAUUGAUAAAUGCUUCUUGUUUAAGAUUGAUCAUAGAAAUCAUUCUCACUAUGCGUUUCUCUCAAGAUUUUGAUCCUCUGCUGAAGAAGAACAAAUAAUAGUAUUUGCUGCUGAUUUCAGUUGAGGUAAACAAAAUUCCACUUUUGUUUUUUGUUUGUUUACAAAUGAAGAAAUUAUGGGUUUUUUUCUGUUUGAUUCUACUGUUUGGAUUGGGAAUUAGUGACCCAAUCGAAGAUAAACAAGCAUUACUUGAUUUUUUCAAUGGGAUACCUCAUUAUCGUUUUCUGAAUUGGAAUCAGAGUUCAAUUGUGUGUAACAAUUGGACUGGUGUUACUUGUAAUUCUGAUAAAACGAGGGUAAUUGCGUUGCGAUUGCCCGGGGUUGGGUUUAAUGGUUCAAUUCCACCGAAUACACUGAGUAGAUUAACUGCACUUGAGAUUUUGAGUCUCAGAUCUAAUAGGAUUAGUGGGGCAUUUCCUGUUGAUUUGUUGAGUUUGAAGAAUUUGAGUUAUUUGUAUCUUCAGUUUAAUCAGUUCUCCGGUGCGUUGCCAUUGGAUUUCUCAGUCUGGAAGAACCUUACUGUUGUUAAUUUAUCGUAUAAUGGGUUCAAUGGGAGUAUUCCUUCGUCGAUUUCUAAUUUAACGAGGCUUACGUAUUUGAAUUUAGCUAAUAAUUUGCUCUUCGGGGAGAUUCCUGACCUGGGGCUUCCUCAUUUGCAAGAAUUGAGCCUUGCUAAUAAUAAGCUUACGGGGAGUGUUCCAAAAUCCCUUCAGAAAUUUCCAAAUUCGUCGUUUUUGGGUAAUAAUAUUUUGAUGUCACCUUCUGCUGGACAAUCUCCUGGUCCAUCGCCAAGUCCUAAACCAAAGAAUGGUGUGAAGCUCAGAGGAGCGGCGUUAUAUGGAGUUAUAGUUGGUGGUUCUGUUGUUGGGUUGUUUGCAAUUGUUGUUUUAUUGUUGAUUUGUUGCUCUAAGAGAAAGGGUGGAAAUGGUCCUUCAGGGAAGGCACAAAAGGGUGAAAGUUCUCCUGAUAAACCGAUCCAAGGUGGACAAGACGGGAAUACUAAGCUUGUUUUCUUCGAGGGUUUGAAUUACGCAUUUGACCUGGAGGAUUUGUUGAGGGCUUCUGCUGAAGUACUUGGAAAAGGGACUUUUGGAACUGCUUACAAGGCUGUUCUCGAGGAUGCCACUACUGUUGUCGUUAAGAGAUUGAAGGAAGUGGGUGUAGGGAAGCGGGAAUUUGAGCAGCAGAUGGAGAUAGUUGGAAGGGUCACGCACGAGAAUGUUGCUCAGCUUAGGGCAUAUUACUAUUCCAAGGAUGAGAAGCUUAUGGUGUAUGAUUACUACAGCCAGGGGAGUGUAUCUGCACUAUUACACGGAAAAAGAGGGGGUGAUAGGAUUCCACUAGACUGGGACACUCGACUGAGAAUCGCAGUCGGUGCAGCGAGAGGAAUUGCUUGUAUUCACUCAGGGAAUAAUGGAAAACUUGUCCACGGAAACAUUAAAGCAUCCAAUGUAUUCCUCAACUCCCAAAACUAUGGCUGUGUUGCCGACCUUGGUCUAAGUACGCUAAUCACCUCAGUGCCUCCAACUCGAGCAACUGGAUACAGAGCCCCGGAAGUAAAUGAAAUCAAAAAAUUAUCCCAAGCAUCUGAUAUCUACAGUUACGGUGUUCUCCUCCUCGAACUUCUCACUGGAAAAUCCGCAAUCCAUUCAAGCAGUGGUGGUGACGAGGUCAUUCACUUAGUUCGAUGGGUUCAGUCUGUAGUUAGAGAAGAAUGGACAGCGGAAGUAUUUGACAUGGAACUAAUGAGAUAUCCAAACAUAGAAGAAGAGAUGGUAGAAAUGUUACAGGUAGCAAUGACUUGUGUUUCCAGAGUACCUGAUCAAAGACCAAAAAUAACAGAUGUAGUAAAAAUGGUAGAAGAUAUCCGUCGCAUCGAUACAGGAAAUAGACCUUCCACUGAAGGUGGAUCAGGGGUCUCAACACCUUAUGCAUCCACUUCCGCUCCCACGCCUCAGUGAGUUGUUUUUUUUCCUCUUUAAGUUAUUUUUUCUUUCUUGCGAUUUUCAAAUAUAUUUGUAUCUGUAAUUUUACUUCAAAUUCUUCUAGGAGCAUAGGUUUUUAAUGGUUGUCUUCUUUUCAUUCUUGUGUGACUGUAAUUGAUAUUCACAUUUGAGGUUUUACUUUUCUUAGUCGCUGUUAAAAUUGGGUUAAUCUUGAAUAGACUAAUUUCCAUGGUAAA